AUGGGUGGCUUGGCGACAGCCAUCUCACUCGCUCGCGUCUCUGGUUUAUCGAAGCUCGAUAUUCAAAUCUACGAGCAAGCUCCAGAACUCGUAGAGAUUGGCGCAAGUAUCGCCCUUAGCCCAAAUGGCAUGCGAACACUAGAGCGCCUAGGUGUACACGAGGCCCUGAGCGACCAUCUUGGCUUCAGAGGCCCAAGCGGAAUACCUCAAAUUUUCCGGCACUGGAAGUCGAAUCAAGUUGUUUCCGUCGACACUCACACCAAUGUCCCUGAUGGCCGCCACCAGACGACAAGGUUUCAUCGCGGCCAUCUGCACGCUGCGCUCCUCGCCCACGUUCCCAGAUCCUCGAUUCACCUCAACAAGAGCAUUGUACGCGCCGAGGCUAGCGAAAAAGAAGCCGUCUUGUUCUUCUCUGACGGCACCGAGGCCCACGGCGACCUUCUAAUUGCCGUUGAUGGCAUCCGAUCGAGAGUCAGGCAGUCUCUACUCCCAGACUAUCAUUUAAAGUUUACCGGCAAGGUUUUUGUACGGUCAACCUUUGAUGCAUCCUUGGUCGAGGGCAAAAUACCCGACUUGCCACUCGACGCCGUUCACUGGUGGGGACCCAGCGAUUCUUUCUUUGCCUCCAGGCUUGGCAAGGGCCAAUAUACUACAGUCGGUGCGUAUCAAGACUCUCGAAGCGGCGAGGAGCUAGACAAGGCAAUCACCUGGAACCAGACUGGCAACGUCGCGUACUUUAGAGAAAAGUACAAGGACUGGAAUCCGGUAGUCAAGCGCCUCGCCGAGCUGACGCCAACCGUACGACUGUUUCCCAACUACGCCGGAUCUGCCCUGUCCACCUGGCUGCCUGCGCCCCGUGUUGCCCUCCUCGGGGACGCGGCGCACACCCACGGCGGCGCAUUUGCCGCCGGAGGGUCUUUGGCACUGGAUGAUGCGCUCGCGCUCGGUCUCGCCCUACGACAUGUUUCCGAGUCGAAAGCAGCGGGCACGGUUCUGCAGCUGGGAGAGGUGCAGCAUGCGUUGACGCUGUAUGAUAGGACGAGACAACCGCACGCCUCGAAGCUGCUGGAUAUUGUCCACGGCGCGCUGGCUAAGAAUCAGUCGAGUCAUGCUUCCGCAGAGGCAGAAGACGAGGCUCUCAUUGCGCGAUUGAAGAAUAGACCAGAUCUUACUUGGCUAUCGGAACAUGACGUGGAGGCUGCAUUUGCAAGGACAGUCCAAGAACUGGCGGGUCAGAAAAAAGAACUUGCAGACGCAACAUCUCAAUUCGAUAAUCAAAAUUUACCUAAGCAGCCUCUGUUUGUCUGCACAACAAGUUUUUAG